UGUUAUUGGGGUAUUUUCAAGCGGCAGUGGGAUGGUUUACUCGAGAGUCAGUACCUUGUCCAUCUAAUCAGGCGGGAACUAGAUUAACUGGGGGUGGGCAAACAUUGUAUCUCCUACCUGCAUUGCAGGCGGCAGCCUCAGGCGGCCCUGUAUGUUCGACUCAUGCAGGCUAUGGUUCUCGAAAACACCAAGCACAGAACACCGUCUCUUCAUAUCAUAGCAAGGCUACAGCCACAACAUUGGAACAGCGUUGUUCUCUAUGUCGGCCCCAGUUCACUCAGCGCUGAAGCAUCUCAGGUAUCCCCGUGAAGAGCGCACGCUACGGAUCGAUGCGGUGUGUAUCAAUCAGGCAUCGGAUACAGAGCAUUCCUUUCAACUUGCUACGAGGAAACGCAUUUACCCACGAAAUUGGAGGACUCUAAUGUGGCUUAGAGAGGACACUCUGGGGGCGACCUUAACUGCGGUGUAUCUUACGAUGCCUCGGCUUCUACAGCUUACAACAACACGAAUUGCAACUGAGGAAAGGGCAGCAUACUUGGAGAAUACUUCAAAAGCCCAUACAAGUCUGAAGAUGAACACGGCAGCAUGGGUCAUGUUCACUGUCUACCUGAAGUCUUUAGGGGACUUAUCUCGACGCCGAUACUAUGAGCGUCUGUGGAUAACACAAGAGGCUGUUCUAGCACCCCAAAUCGUAUUCUGUGUUCAAUAGUCGACCGUCAGCUGGGUGAAGCUUUUCACAGCGGCAAAGAAAGCCUGGAUCAUCGCCUGUCAGCUAACCGGUCC